AAUACACUAUACUGCCAAAAGUAUCGGGACCCCCCUUCAAAUCAUUGGAUUCAGGUGUUCCAAUCACCUCCAUGGCCGCAGGUGUAUAAAAUCAAACACCUAGGCAUGCAGACUGUUUCUGAAAACAUUUGUGAAAGAAUGGUUCACUCUCAGGCGCUCAGUGAAUUCAAGAGUGGUACCAUGAUAGGUUGCCACCUGUGCAAUAAGUCCAUCCAUGAAAUUUCCUUGCUACUAAAUAUUCCACGGUCAACUGUUAGUGGUAUUAUAACAAAGUGGAAGCAACUGGGAACAACAGCAACUCAGCCACGAAGUGGUAGGACAUGCAAUACUACAGAGCAUGCUGAAGCGCACAGUGUGCAGAAUUCGACAACUGUCUGCAGAGUCAAAAAGUAAAGACCUCCAAAUUUCAGUGUGGCCUUCAGAUUAGCACCACAACAGUGCGUAGAGAGCUUCAUGUAAUGGGUUUCCAUGGCCGAGCAGUGCCUUACCUCACAAAUACGCUUCUGGAAGAAUGGUCAAACAUUCCCAUAGACACACUCCUAAACCUUGUGGACAG